ACGCUCCGUCCUCGUUAUUCUCAAGUGAGCGCUGAGGGAGAGAGCAGCGCGAGCGAGCCGUCUCGUGCGGAUUUUCUUUUUUUCUCCACUCACGCGGGGCGCGCGGAGGACUUUUGCAGUUUUGCUACACAACAAAAAAAAAAACACACGCAAAAAACAAACAACAACAAUAACAAAACGUGCUUGUUCGUGCAGCUUUUACGUUUUUAUUUGCGUCAGAUUUAAAAAGAAAAGAAGAAGAAGUGCCUGGAGAGAGAGAGCGAAAGAGAGCGAGAGAGAGAGAGAGAGAGAGAGAGAGCGAGAGGGGGGAGGAAUAACCCAAAACGCAACACGUAUCCGGUGGGAUCCCACUCCUGAGAGAGAGAGAAGCGGCAGGAGUUGGAGCGAAGGGUGCGAGGAAGGAAAGAAACGAAGAAGAAGAGGGGGAAAGAUUUGACGUUUUCGCUCCUAACGACGCGUUUUUAAUUGAGGAAUAAUGAGGAACGCAUGGAUAAUUUUGACCCUCGGGCUGACCGUCUUCCUCUCCGGGGAAACGAUAGCACAAGCAGCCAAGGCUUCCUCUCAGGCUGAUGACUUGUACCUGGAUGACACAGGCUCAGGAGGUUACUACCCUGAAGAUGAUGAUGACUUUAACUCAGGGUCUGGCUCAGGUGGAGAUGAAGAAGAGAAGGAGGAAACGGUGACUGUCAGUGUGGUUUAUAUCGAGCCCAACGCAGCAGAACCCACCCAGGACUCCACCAAAGACUUCACCCCCAGGGUGGAGACAGCCACGGUCAGAGAAAAGGCCCUGGGCGUCACACCCAGGAAACCAAUCAGAACAGAGGCACCAGUGCCAGUUACAGAGGACAUGCAGAGGAACCAGAUGACUAGUACGACUAGUGCCCCCGGCUCACCCCAGGAGGCCGUUGAGGUCCGCACUGAAAACCUCUUCCAGAGGACAGAGGUGUUGGCAGCCGUUAUUGCAGGCGGAGUCAUCGGCUUCCUGUUCGCCAUCUUCCUCAUCCUCCUCCUGGUCUACCGCAUGAGGAAGAAGGACGAGGGCAGCUACGACCUGGGAGAGAGGAAACCCUCCGGCGCCGCCUACCAGAAGGCCCCGACCAAGGAGUUUUAUGCAUAGAAGCCGGCCCCGCCCCGCCCCGCCCCCCACGUCAUCAGAACGACAAAAAUCGCAAGUGACUGUUGGAAAGAAAAAAAAAAAAAAAACGCAGUCAACAACAGCAAACCUGUUCAAAUACGACAAGAAACAAGUUGAUUAAGGAAAAAUAGCAUAAAGGAAAACUUUUGCAUAGAGUAUUGUAAUUAAGACCUUUUCUCUCUUCUUUUUUUUUUUUUAAAUGAAAACCAAGCAUUUCUCAUUUUAUGGCAAAUCUCAGUGUAUUUAAACAUUUUUGUGUAUUAUUUGAAAAGGCUGAAAAAAUAAAAAACAGGAAUCUGUAAAGGCGAGGAAACCAAUCGCAUCUGUCUUCUGUCAAAGGAGCUGUUUAGUUUUUUGUUUUUUUUUUAGUCGCUGACUACUUUUAACCGUAGCAGUGUGGUAUUUGUAAAGAAAAAAAAAAUUAAAGUGGAAAUAAUUGAAUAUAA